UAUCGUGCAACAAAAUUCUCUCUCCCUUGCCACGACCAAAUAAAAAUCCCCCAGCGAUCUCAAGCUCUUUAAGAUCUGCUCUUCUCUCUCAUAGAGAAAACUAGGGUUUCUGCGGAUCCAGAUCCGGAUCCGUUAUCGGCUAAAGAUCCGAUCGAGAAGCUCUUAUCGGAUCAGAUCUAAUGGGGAUCCUCUUCACGCGGAUGCUCUCUUCUAUCUUCGGCAAUAAGGAGGCUCGGAUCCUCGUUCUCGGCCUCGAUAAUGCCGGAAAAACCACGAUCCUCUAUAGGCUUCAGAUGGGGGAAGUGGUGUCGACGAUUCCAACGAUUGGGUUCAAUGUGGAAACUGUGCAGUACAACAACAUUAAGUUCCAAGUUUGGGAUCUUGGUGGGCAGACGAGCAUCAGGCCAUACUGGAGAUGUUAUUUUCCAAACACUCAAGCUAUUAUAUAUGUUGUUGACUCGAGUGACACUGAUAGGUUGGUAACUGCCAAGGAAGAAUUUCAUGCUAUCUUGGAGGAGGAAGAACUAAAAGGUGCAGUUGUCCUCAUUUAUGCAAACAAGCAGGAUCUCCCAGGUGCACUUGAUGAUGCUGCAAUAACUGAGUCUCUAGAACUUCAUAAGAUUAAAAGCCGUCAAUGGGCCAUCUUUAAAACUUCAGCUAUUAAAGGAGAAGGGAUAUUUGAGGGCUUGGACUGGCUUAGCAAUACACUGAGAUCUGGAAGUGGCUAAUUCUUGAAGAACGCAGAUAUGGUGAAUUUUUCAGACUGGGAAAAUGAUGUAACAGGAUGAGUUAAUUUAGAUGCUGCUUUAUCUUUUUUUUCUCUUCCCUAUGCUAUUUUUUUAAAUGUUUUCAUGUUUACAUGUAAAAAUGCUCUCUAAUAUCAGAAUAUAUACAUUUCUUCACGUGUUUC